CGCUUGUAUUGUUUCAGGAGGAAGCUGAAUCGACGUAACGGUCUACGCCAGGAUGGCCAGUUGGCCGCUGAGAAUCGUACUUCUGUCCAGCACCCUCAUCCUUGUCCGCGGGCGGGGAGUGGUGCUGGACAGUCAGGGGCCUGUGUUGAUCUCGGAGCCACGCUCCUCGGUCGAAUUCUCGAACGAGACCGGGGCCAUGAUCCAUUGCUCGGCCCAGGGCAGCCCGUUGCCGAGGAUUGAUUGGCUUAUGGGGGACGAGUCGCCUGUCCUCCCUAUACCUCACAUACGCGAGAUGCUGGUCAACGGUUCCAUGUACUUUUUGCCGUUCGGAGCGGAGACCUACCGACACGACGUCCACUCGGCCGUCUACAGAUGUCAAGCCUCGAACAGCGUCGGUAGGGUAUUGGGCCGUGAAAUCACGGUAAAGGCCGUCGUGCGUCAAAAGUACGAGGUUCAAGUGCGAGACGCCUACGUCCUACCUGGAAAUACCGGUGUGCUCAGGUGCGAAAUACCGACUUUCGUUAAGGAAUACGUGGCAGUCACGUCCUGGGUUCGAGAUUCUGCCUACAACAUCUUUCCAACGCCGAAAAGCGAUGACAGACAUCACAUGCUGCCGACUGGGGAACUCCUGGUGUUCUCGGUUACCUCCUCCGACGCCCAGUCCAGUUAUCGUUGCAGGACCGUGCACCGUGUCACCGGCGACACCGUGGAAAGUUCCUCGUACGCGAGGCUCGUGGUCACCGACCCUCAUACCCCAGUUCCGCCGAGGUUCAACGAACGAGUGAGUCCAGCGCCUAUAAGGACGGGGGAGACGAUCGUCCUUUCCUGCAUCUCGCAGGGAAUCCCUCCACCCAUGUACCUAUGGUUUCGCGAGUCCGUGACGGGGACUGCGAUGAUCUUCAAUUCGGAGAGGAUCUACGCGAGAGCAGGGGUCCUCGUGCUGCAGUCGGCGAGGGCGGAGGACGCGGGACGAUACGUGUGCCACGCCAACAAUACGGCCGGUUCCGAGAUGGUCGAAUUGGAAGUCUCCAUUAUAAGCAGCCUCUCCAUCCACCUGGUGCCUCAACAGGUGACCGUCGACCUGGGCAAGGACGCGGAAUUCCAAUGCUCGGUCACCGGCCAGCCAAUCCCCGUCAUAUUCUGGACCAAGGACGGGCUUCCCGUGGGAGAGAGCGCCUCCGGUAGAAGCAAGAUCACCGGCAACGAUGGAUCCACGUUGCGCAUUUCCUCGGUGGUGAGGGACGACAAGGGGAUGUAUCAGUGCUUCGCGAAGAACGACUACGAGAUGGUCCAAGCGACCGCCGAGUUGCGUCUCGGGGACGCGGCGCCGCAGCUUCUGUACAAAUUCAUCGAACAAACCAUCCAGCCUGGCCCUUCGGUGUCGCUCAAGUGCAUCGCCACCGGGAACCCGACGCCGCACUUCUCCUGGACCCUGGACGGUUUCCCUCUUCCUCAGAACGACAGGUUUAUGAUUGGGCAGUAUGUGACGGUGCACGGGGACGUGAUAUCGCACGUGAACAUCAGCGUGGUGCACGUGGAGGACGGAGGGGAGUACCGGUGCACAGCGGCGAACCGGAUGGCGAAGGUACACCAUUCGGCUCGUCUCAACAUUUACGGCCUGCCCCACGUACGCCCGAUGGGGAACUACGCCGCUGUGGCCGGCGAGACCACCGUCAUCAAAUGUCCGGUCGCUGGUUUCCCAAUAGCGAGCAUCACUUGGGAGAAAGACGGGAAGGUGUUACCGACGAGUCGACGUCAGGAAGUGUUCCCGAACGGUACGCUGGUGCUGCAUCACGUCGACAGAAGCACCGAUCACGGUGCGUACACGUGCACGGCGAAGAACAAGCAAGGUCGCUCCGACUCCCAGACGGUCCACAUCGAAGUGAAAGUACCGCCUAAAAUCGAUCCGUUUAGCUUUCCUGCCAAUAUACAAGAAGGCGCGCGGGUGCACGUGGUCUGUGUGGUCAGCGAGGGCGAUUCACCGUUGAAGAUCACCUGGCUGAAGGAUGGCAGGCCAUUGAAUUCCACGGAGACGACCACCCAUCAUAUCGGCGAAUACGAUCUCACGUUGAUGAUACAGAGCGCGACCACGGCCCAUAAUGGCAACUAUACGUGCGUCGCGAGCAACGAUGCCGCCGAAACGUCUCGCACGGCAUCCCUGUUGGUCCACGUUCCACCCACGAUAGCUCCCUUUAGCUUUAACAAGGAUCUGUCGGAGGGCGUGCGCGCUCAGGUAACUUGCAUGGUCGAGAAGGGCGAUCCUCCGUUCACGAUCGCCUGGUCCAAGGACGGCGAGGCGAUCGCCGGCCCGAGUCCAGCUGCUGCAGGCUUCGGGAACACCGGGAUAACCGGUCCCAGACACACGCAGACACCCGCCGGGCUGCGCGUAACCAACAUUGACGCCCAUUCCAGUACCAUAGUUAUCGAGCGCGUGAGCGCAGCGCACUCGGGCAACUAUACUUGCAUGGCGCGCAAUUCGGUGGCCGAGGUCCUAUGGACGGCCGAGUUGAUCGUUCGUGUGCCACCCCGUUGGGUGAUGGAGCCCCAAGAUGUCCGUGCCUCCGAGGGGAUGUCGCGGCUGGUGCUCCACUGCCACGCGGACGGAUUUCCGCCCCCGGCGGUCUCGUGGCGGCGGGCUAGCGGCAAGAAGCCUGGAAAUUAUCGCGACAUCGUGACGCACGAGCACGCCCAGAAUCUCAGGAUACACUCGAACGGGUCCCUGGUCUUUGGACGGGUGCAGGAGGACCACGAGGGAUUUUACUUGUGCGAGGCUGUGAACGGAAUCGGGGCCGGCCUCAGCAAAGUCGUGCAUCUUACGGUGAAUGUACCCGCCCAUUUCGCGGAGAAACACCGUAACCAAACGGCGAGGCUAGGCUCGAGCGCGUCCCUCCGUUGCGAGGCGAAGGGUGAUCAUCCCUUGAAGAUACUUUGGAAGAAGAUGGGCGCACACCUGGAGCAGAAACUUUCCGACUAUCGGUACACGCUUAAGGAGGAGAACACGACCGACGGCAUCAUCAGCACGCUCGAGUUUAUAAGCACUAGUCGAGAGGACAGCGCGAGAUACUUCUGCAUAGCCUCGAACGCUUAUGGCCGCGACGAAAUGACGAUCCACCUGUAUAUACAAGAGCCGCCUGAUUUCCCCCGGAACCUUCACGUGAUCGAGAAAGGAAGUCGUUACAUCAACAUCAGCUGGACGACCAGCCAGGAUGGCAACAGCCCCAUCACCCAGUACAUCAUCGAGUACAAGACGGACACCGAGGUGUGGCACGAUCACACGUUUCACAUGACGGUGCCGGGCAGCCAGGCUCACGCUCACGUGAGCGGUCUUCGUCCAGCCGUCUCCUAUCAGUUCCGAAUAUACGCGGAGAACGAAUUGGGUCGUAGUCAGGCGAGCGACAUCUUGGAAACGACGACGGAAGGGGAGAAGCCCGGCGGCCCGCCCAGAAAUCUCAAGGUGGAUCCCGUCACCUCCACCGAGUUCAACGUCACCUGGGACCCACCUGAUCAUGAUUUAUGGAACGGGGAGAUACUCGGUUAUCACAUCGGAUACAAGGAACAUAGGUUGGGAUCGGAUCAGUACACGUAUAGAACGGUGGAAAGGCGAAUUUCCACGGCUAGCGUGGCCCUAGGCCUGGCUAGGAUGUCUAUGCCCGGCACGCAAUACCAAUUGACGAACUUGAAGAAGUUUACGAGGUACAGCGUAGUGGUGCAGGCGUACAACGUGCUCGGCCAAGGUCCCAUGACACCGGAAGUGGUCGCCACCACCCUCGAGGACGUGCCGAGCAGCCCGCCUCAAGACAUCCGGUGUACAGCGUUGACCUCGCAAUCUCUUCAAGUCUCGUGGGACGCGCCCCCCGACUCGAGUCUGAACGGUAUCCUGAAGAGCUACAAGGUGAUAUGGGAGAACAUGAACGCGUUGACCGAGUCCCCCAAGUCGGAGACGAAGAUCACCAGUGCCUUGACCGUGGUGAUCCACGGCCUCGAGAAGUACACGAAUUACUCUGUCCAAGUGUUGGCCUCGACCAGGGCCGGGGACGGGAUCGCGUCCUCGUCUUUGUACUGCGUCACCGAGGAGGAUCUGCCCGAGGUGCCUGCAGGCGUGAAGGCCGUGGUCAGGUCGGCGACAUCGAUUAUCGUGUCCUGGCAGCCUCCGCUCAGGAGCAACGGGAAUAUCACGUCUUACAACGUUCAUAUCCGGUGGGUAAGCCCGGAGGGAAAAUGGUACAAGCGGUCGUUGCCUCCGCAUCAGACCAGCUACCAGGUGGAGAGUUUGCACAAGAAAAAUCAGUACGAGUUCAGCAUAGCUGCGGUGACGUCGGUGGGCGAGGGGCCCCAGACGCAACUCGUCACGGUUUCGCUUUCCAGCGAAGUCCGUGCGGCGAUAUAUUCGUUCGGGACGGUAUUGGUCGUCCCGUGGAAACAGAACGUGACGUUACCGUGUCAGAGCGUGGGGAACCCCGAGCCGUCGGUGACGUGGAAACAAUGGGGACAGAUAGUGAAAUCGUCGAGCAGGGUGUCCUUCUUAUUGGAGGGCUCGCUCCAGAUCAUGGAUCUUCAUAGGGAGGACAGCGGAAAUUACACUUGCUACGUGAAGAAUCGUCACGGAUCCGAUCAGAUCACGCAUCGUUUAACCGUGCAAGUUCCACCCGCAGCCCCGUUGCUCCACGCGACCAGCGCGACGAGUAAUUCGAUCAACGUCCAGUGGAAGAACAGGGACGACGGUGGCGCCCCAAUCAGGGGUUAUAUCCUCCACUACAAACGGGAAUCGGGGGAAUGGGAGGAGAUGAAGGUCUCCCACAAGAUAAACAGUUUCGUGUUGUCGCGGCUGUGGUGCGGGAACGAUUAUCAAAUGUAUCUGACGGCGUACAAUCGGAUCGGUAUGGGGUCGCCGAGCGAGAUCGUGAAAGCGACGACGAACGGAUCGAAGCCGGAGAACUCGCCCAGCAACGGUGAUAAAUUCGUCACUGUGAACGUGUCGUGGAUCACUCUUCAUCUGAGCAUGUGGAACGACGGUGGAUGUCCCAUCACCCAUUUCGAGCUCGAGUACAGGAAGAACGGCGAAGAUAUUUGGACCUUGGUGUCGAAUAAUAUCGAGGUACAGAAAACGUACACGCUGAGCGAGUUGCAGCCCGGGACUACCUACGACAUCCGAACGAGGGCGCACAAUAACGCGGGUUUUUCGGUCGCGGAAUACAGGAUAACGACUCUGCAACCUCACGUCAGCAGCACCGUGCCAUCCGUGGAGAUCGAUCAAUACAUCCCCCAGCACACGUCCGUCUACUCGGAUCUAAAGCUGAUCAUCCCUCUGAUAUUGAGCUCGCUGGCGAUCAUCGCCGCCGCCGGUGCCGUGUUCUAUUGUUUCCGUAAACGUCCAUUUAUAGGGGAGAUGGCGAGCCUUCACGAUGCCCAGACUGCGGCCGCCUUAGACAAUAAGCAGAAUAUGGAGCAGCGUGAACAGUAUUACGCGACCGUGCGCAAACCGCUUCGCUCGCCUAUACACGAGAUGGGUACCUUGGAAAAAAUUCCAGAAUACUCGGAGGACAUCUAUCCGUACGCCACCUUCCAGCUAGAGGAGAGCGUACCACCAGGGGGUGAUAGUCGAUGUAAUUCCGCGGCGCCUCUUCAGACCUUCGUCUAUCACGAUCCCCGUCUGUCCACAGCCGACACUCUUCAAUUACGAGAGUCGGAUUGCAACCGGUACACUAAGGUGCGCGGAGGCCGUUCGUCCUCUGCGCCGUUGCACAAAACGCACAAGGUCAGUCAGGGCAAGUCCGAGUCGGAGGAAUACGACACCCUGGGCUCGGACAGCGACACGGAAGUCGGGACCAGCAGCCGAACCGAGUCUUCAAAUCACCUCGUCGAUUCGCACCACUCGGUGUCUGCGGCCGACUCGCGUGUCCACAACUUCCUGUACCAUGGACCAGAAUCUAGCACGUCUACAGAACCCUCACCGAUUUUUGAGAGAAAAUCGUUUCCUGGAAGGGGAAGAUCCAAGAUGUUACAGCUGGCGCGUCAUACCAGCGAGGAGACCCGUUCCAACUUCGGCCCAAUCUCCGGGUUUGGCAAUUCCAAGCACCAGUCGAGCAAUUCCUGCUCCAAUCGGGACCAGGAGCGUGACGGAUCAGGGAAUCUGUUCGUCCCCAAGCUGGACCCACCCUCGGGCUUCUCCGACGCGUUUGAGCUAAGCGAGGCGGAGUGCGAUCUCGAUCGCGGCCAACGAAACGUCCGUGACUUUGUAAUCGCGGUGUAAAUAAAAUAAUGAAGAAUUGUAGAGAAUCUCCACGAUGAUAUACCAAGCGAAACGAACGAAACCCCAUUUCAAAUAUCUCGAUGUAAAGGGAAAAAAGAAAAAGAAAAAGAAAAGAAAAGAAAAGAAAAGAAAGAGGAAUACCAUCGUGGUCCGUCUUUCGUUAAUUUAUUCAUCGGCCAUCGUGGCCAUCACGAUGGCAAUCGAUCGUGCGUGCCCCCCUCCGUUCGUGUUCCUGGCCUAUGUCGAUGGAAAAGAGAAAAAAAACAGCGUCGUAUCCUAGAAACGAAACGAACGUACCUAUCUGCGAACUCAUGUAUUCUUCAAACUGCCAAUUUUAGUUUUUCGAUUACGAUCUCGGGGAAAAGAAAGAGCCCAUCGUUCGUUCGAUUUUUCCAAUCGAUCAAACUUUUUUAUCGAUCGUCUCGUUGUUUACGAGAGAAAACGAGGAUCAUCCUAUAAGAGACUCGACUCGAUUCCCCUACCUUUGCAACAAAUUAGGUAAAUUUUUAUCGCAGGUUUUAUCGAACGACGAUUACACGGCAUAAUUGCUCGAGUUCGAGAUCGACAACAACGUCCGUUUAACGUAUGAGUUUCAUUCGGCGUUAAGACUGCGACAGAUGAGAGCCACUCAUCUCUGCCAUAAACGCGAUACACGAGGAAGAUUUUUUUCGACUUCCUGACGAGAAAAGACUCUUAUUAUCUUUUAAUUAAUUAAUCAAAGACUCGAAUCGUACUGAAUACUAAUCGUCGAAAUCGCGAAUCGUCCUAUUAAGACUACGUUGCAGCAUAGAUUCCAUUCGAAGAAAUAUCGGUUUCCAUUCAAUAUCGAGCGCAUAUCCCAAACGAGCAAUACGAGUGUUACGAUUUGUUACGAGUUUACUUGGUCUUCCAAUUUCGUAGAUCUACGUUUUAUCUACUGAUUUUCAAUCAGUCGUCUCUUUUCAAUAAAGAAAAAAAAAUGAAUAACGUGAAGCAAAUUCCUUUCGCAAGCGUAUUUCUCGUUCGUGUGAACCAGCUAUGUGUACAAAUAACGAAAGCUAGGCCAUGAAAAAACAAAAAUGUUUGUUUCGUCGUUGUCAUCGGUGUCGUUUCAUUUACUGCGAGACUGAAAUAUUUUUUUUUUUUUUUUUUUUUUAGUAGAUGAAACGUGUAGCCUAAAACUUUAACGUUCAAAGCAAAAUAAGAAAAAGAAAAAAAAAGAAUAAAAUAAAUAAAUAAAUAAAAUUGUCUGUAAGAUGUCUGUAAUUACCAAUGUUGUUAAUUGUUAAGGUACGUGUUCGUGUACCUCGACGGAAAGAAACGAACGCGCGAACGACGCGGAUCACGAAGAAACGAAGGGAAAUAAAAAAAAGAUUCUAGUUCUACUUGGUUGAAACGUUGAAACUGAAAGCGAUCGUUUCGCCGCGUUUGAAUUUCGCGCGUCGAUUAACGAUCGACGGACCGAGCGAUACGCUAUGGAAAACAGACGACAAAACCAAAAAACAAAAAAGCAAAAAAAAAAAAAGAAAAAAGAAAUAAAAGAUAAAGUAAAAAACUAAAGUAAAAAAAUAAAAGGAAGAAAAAAAAACACGCAGAGUAUUAAUAAAUUUAUUCGACUGUCGUUAAGGGAAAAAAAAAAAAAAAAAAAAACACAUCUAUCGAGUCUACGUAAACGCAUCUGUUGUCAUCGAAUCAGUUCAAUACCGUACGUACAAGCAAAUCGAUCGUUCACUCGGCAACGUGACGAUGAUUUUUGAGUCUGAGUGCUCUCUCUCUCUCUCUCUCUCUCGUUAUAUCUCGGCGCCCCCGAUCACGAAGCACGAGAAUCGGGGGCUACGAAAGAAGAGAUAUCGAUCUGUUGACAAAUCGUAUACUUUAUAAUAUAUGAACGAAUGAUUUACCACGAAAUUCGUACUAUUGUGUUUUUAGACGACUUUAGA